ACUUCCGCCGGACGUGACGUCGCGCGUUUCCGCCGUCUCUGCCCGCGCGCGCGCUGCUCCGGCGAUGGCGGCGGCGCCGCCUCCUCCUCCCCCGGCCAAGUGGUUCUUCAGCAGGGAGCAGCUCGAGGCCACGCCGUCGCGCAGAUGCGGCAUCGAAGUGGACAAGGAGUUGUCCUACCGCCAACAGGCGGCCAACCUCAUCCAGGACAUGGGACAGAGGCUCAACGUUUCGCAGCUGACGAUAAACACAGCUAUCGUAUAUAUGCACAGGUUUUAUAUGCUGCAGACCUUCUCAAAGUUCCACAGAAAUGCAAUUUCUCCAGCUGCUUUGUUCCUGGCUGCUAAAGUAGAAGAGCAACCACGGAAGCUGGAACAUGUUAUUAAAGUGGCACACGCGUGCCUUAACCCACAGGAAGCUCCGCUGGAUACAAAGAGUGAUGCUUACCUUCAGCAAGCCCAAGACUUGGUGAUGAAUGAACAUGUGAUGCUUCAGACAUUGGGUUUUGAAAUAACAAUAGAUCACCCUCAUACUUAUGUUGUGAAAUGCACACAGUUAGUACGGGCGAGUAAGGAUCUGGCCCAGACCUCGUAUUUCAUGGCUACCAACAGCCUACACCUCACCACAUUUUGCUUGCAGCACAAGCCCACAGUGGUAGCCUGCGUUUGUAUCCACCUGGCCUGUAAGUGGUCCAACUGGGAGAUUCCAGUCUCGAGUGAUGGAAAACCAUGGUGGGAAUAUGUUGAUAAUGGUGUCAGCAUGAACCUUCUGGAUGCAUUAACACAUGAAUUUCUUCAGAUUCUUGAGAAAACCCCAAAUAGGCUAAAAAGGAUAAGAAACUGGAAGGCAUAUCAGAAUCAAGCAAUUAAGAAACUGAAAGUGGAAGGGCAACCAACAAACGAUGCACAUUGCCACAGCCUGGAUAGUCUUGCAUUCCACUUUGAUGCUGCAGACCUCGCCGCACCUUCUGAAGUGAAAUCUGCAUCCACCUCUGUGCAACAGUCUAUAAGUGUGCCGAUGGUUCCUGUGCAGUCGGUUCCUUUUGCGCCGCCUGGUCAGGUCAUGGCUCCUUUGAAGUCCUACCAACUGCAGAAGUCACAUGAUCUUCAACAGAAGACCCAUGACUCGGUUCCCAUCAAAGCGGAAAUGCAAGCCAAACAUUCUGACAAUGCUAUGCACUCUGACGUUCCAGUGUAUUUAAAAACAGAGCGUUCAUCCCAGAAAUUGCCAAGCCGGGAUCCCCAGCCUAGCACUGCCACAGGGUCUGUGCCUUCUGCCACAGCAAAUAAGGUUCCUCAUCAGAAGGUUAGUCUGCUGGAGUACCAGGAGAAGCAUGCUGUAGUCCUGGCAGAGCACAAGCGCAAGCUGGAAAGACAGGAAGCUGAACUCAAGGAAAAGUAUGCCUCUGAAGCUCAAAUACUUCUGGAAGUUCAGAGACGCGAAAAGAUGCAACAGAGUAGUGGCACGAGUACUCCCAGUGAGCAGUCGCAGAAACAUAAACACAAAUCUCACCACCAGAGUAAUGAGAAAGUGGACAAACAUGGAAAACAGGACAAAAGUUCUAUCAAAGUGCGCCUUCCUGGAAACCAGGAUGAUACUAAAGAUGGUCGUGAGAUUAAAGUAAAAAUCAAGAUGCCAAUGGCACAUGAACAUAACAGUGGCACUGAUGACAGCAUCAGCAAAGGUAAACACCAGAGCCAGGCAAUGUUGAAAGAAAAGCACAAAGACCACCAUCCUGCCUCCCACCACCAUCACCACCAUGGAAACAGUCAUAAACACUUGCACUCGUACCCUCAUUUACACAGCAGUGGUAAUGGGAAACAUAGCUCUGAUGGUUCCAAAGGUGGCUUUGUAUUAUCACCAGAAGCCAAACCAGGUACUACGAGCAGCAGUGGUAGCUCGAGUUCUGGAUCGUCACGUAAACGACCGCGCGAGAGUAACGCUACAUCUCAUGGAAACCCGCAGAAGAUGAGCAAGCAGACCUCCAAAAGCAGCAGCUCCUUUGCCAAGCAGCACUCCUUUGCAGUGCAGUCGCUGCUGCAUCUUCCAAUGCCUCCCCCACCACCCACCACCUCAAUUUCUUAUGGGCAGCUGCCCAAAAGAUCUGGGAAAGAAUUAAAUGGGCUCAACUCGGACUCAUGUUUGGACUUGGACGAGCCGAUGCCGCACAUGCAGGGCGACAGCUACAAGGCCACCCGUGAUAUGCUGGAGUCGCUGCUUUGUGCACAGGGUGUGAACACGCCCACCAACACCAGCCAGUCGGGUUUUACGCAAGACUUCAGCCCCAACUAUUACAGCCAAAACAUGGCCCGUGGAUUCCAUCCACUGAUCCACAGAGGGCAGUCACUUCCAAGUAAACCACCACUUCCACCACUGCCAGCUGACCCUCCCCCGCCCCCUCCACCGCUCCCUAAGUAAAUACACUGGACAACAUGAGCAGGUCGACGUUUUGCUUUUUUGCUGUUAAAGAAAAAGGGUAAAAUUGUACAGUUUUGUUGCAACGUUCAUGUCUGCUUUUAGCCGCUGAGGAACCCCAGCGGUUUUACUGUGAUUCAACGUGGUUUUUUUAUAGCAAGCGCGUAACAGUUUUAUGAAAAAAGAAAAAAAAUCUGCAUUUGAAAAUCUUCGGAGUUGGUAAGUCUCUUGAAGAUUUCCUUAUCUGUCUUGUCAUUUUAGCAUUUCAUUUUAGUUUAGUUUCAUUCCUAAAGACUUAAUAGAUGUAAAAAGUCUUGGAAGUACCAGCAUAAAGUGGAGGUACAAGAAGCUCAGGUGUUGGAAUCUCUACAGUAUAAAACUUAAAAAAAAAUGUUUACAUUUCAUUAUUGUGCUUUGUUAUGAAGUGCAUAUUAACAAUUUUCUUGGCUUGUGGUGAAUAUUUCUCCAGGCUUAGCCCUCUAAAUACUUGAUAUUGAAAAUUGCAAAUAUUUAUUUAUAUACUUAAUAAAGACAUGAGAAUCGUAAUCCUGCUCGGUGUUUAAAUGUAGUGGAGCUCUGUACAUCGCCUUAGUUUCCCUGCAGUGAAGGCAGUGGACGGUAAGCAUUAUUGGCUGAAGGGAUAAACGCGCAUGGUAACGGCUGCAAUCGUUUUCAUUCUUGAACUCUUGUCUGUAUAUAAUACACCCGCACCCUGUGUAAAUUAAAAUGUAAAAUUUUGUACCAAAAAACAUUCAGUAAAGAUUUCUCAAUAGCUAAAUGGCCACCUGGCACGUUUAGUGAUUUCUCUAUUUUACUACUUGCAUUUAGAUUGUUAAAAUGUAUGUAUCACUUUACAUUAAAGGCAAUAAAUGCUUUUGUGUUGUA